AUGGUGGGCAUCACGACCGCGCUGCCGGCAUCGCUCCUCCCGGCCUACUGGUCCUACGCGAGCAGCGCGUGGUCCCGGCGGUCGGUGCACAGCUCCAAUGCGGUCCGCGCCGCCCAAGAUUGCCCAAUUCUCUGGUUCGAGACAACCAAUUCGGAAUCCUGCAACGGCGGCACCAACGCCGACGGCGAGACACACACCUUCAUGGGCCUCUGCAGCUUCGCCUGCAGCUUUAGAUACUUCCCGCCUGGCCCAUGCAAGUGCACGUCGUACGGCGCGCCCGGCUCCCUGCCGCCGACCAACGGCCGCGACGACUGCCCGCUCCCGGGGCCCAGCGACGCCUACAAGAGUUUGUGCAAUUAUGCGUGCAACCAUGGUUGA